GCAACUUCGGAGGAAGGACUCCGACGGUGAGGAAGAAGAAGAGCACAGUGACCGAGGACAGAGUGGAGGUGUUGAGGAACGUCGCCAUGUCUAACACGCAGGGGAUCUACUCCUUUGACGCUCCCACUACUGCCAUCGACUUUGGCUCGUUUCACACUGAAGAUGAUCCUAAUGCAGAUAUCUGGUUCGACCGCCGAGUUGCAGAGUCUGAGAAUAUUCUGCCGGUGGAGGAAAGUGUUGUGGAGGAGAAGAAAGCCGAUGUGAAUUCCAGCGUCCACAAAGAAAUCAAGAGAACUCCGUUGAACACAGUUAGCAAUUUAGGGCCACUGAGGUCUUCUACCAAGAAACAAACUACUCCAGGUUCAGCAGCCCAGAACAAAAGAUCUUCUAAAAGGCUGUCUGCCCAGCAGAGGAGCCAACAGAUGGCUAAAAUCAGAGCAGAGAGGCGCAAAGUGGUAGCUCCCCAACCAGAAGAACGCCCUCCGCUCAAAAAACAGAAAGUGUCUGCAAACACAUCUGUGAAUAAAAGUGCGUCUGACAGCACCGUCUGCUUACCGAAAAUAAAGCCUCAUCUGACGAUGCCCGCCACGCCAACUGUCCUGAAGAGGAAGAAUAUAAUGGUGAAACCCAAGAACUCUGAGGAACAGGAGCUUGAAAAAGUCCAGCAACUUCAGCAGGAGCUGGUAGAGAAACUGCGGAAAAAUGAAGAGUCUCUGAAAGCUGCCAUAGCCGGCGUGGGCCAGCCUGUAAAGAAGAUGGUCAGCCAGGUUACCAAGCCCGUGGAGUUCCAUUUCUGUACCGAUGACAGGAUCAAGCGACCCAAUGAAGGGCCUUCAGGAGAGCAAUAUAAAGAAGUGGACUUCACAGCUGCUCUCAGAAAGCACCCGUCAUCCCCAGCGCGUAUUCCUAAGGGAGGUCAUACUGUGCCCGAACCUUUCAACCUCUCCCAAGGAAACAAGCGCAAGCUGGAGGACUCCAGCGCUGGGGAGUUUGUCUCGACGGCCGAGCAAGUGAAUGCUUUUCACAAACGCACGCCUGCCCGUUACCAUCUGCGCAGCAGGCAGAAGGAGAUGCUGGGACCCUCUCCAGUGAAACAAAUGAAACUUAAGCUGACCAACCCAAAGUCUCCUUUUCUGCUGACGAAGCAGCGGCACCGGCCGGUGAACUGUAAGAGCUCAAAGGAGAUCGAGGAGGAGGAGCUGGACAAACUUCAGCAAUACAAAUUCAAAGCUCAGGAGCUAGACCUGCGGGUCCUGGAAGGAGGCCCAAUUCUUCUUAAGAAGCCUUCUGUUAAGGAACCAACCAAACCCGUUGGAUUUAAUUUGGAAAUCGAGAAGAGACUCCAGCAACGUGAGAAGAAGGAGGAGGAGGUGGAAGAUUAUACCUUUCACUCCAAGCCGUGUCCUUCAAGAAUUCUUGCUGAUGUUGUGGGCAUUCCAGAGAAGAAACUGCUUCCUGUUACUGUCCCCAAAUCUCCAGCUUUUGCCCUGAAAAAUAGAGUCCGUGUUCCACCAUGGAGUGAGGAUAAGGAGGAAGUGCCGGCUAUAAAGGCCAACCCGAUGCCACACUAUGGUGUCCCCUUCAAACCCAAGUUGGUGGAGCAGCAGCAUGUGGAGGCUUGUCCCUUUUCUUUCUGUGAGCGUGACAAAGAGCGACAACAGCUAAAAGAGAAGAAACUAGAAGAUAUGAGAAAAGAGGAGGUGCCAAAAUUUAAGGCCCAGCCCCUGCCUCAGUUUGACCACAUCAGCUUACCUGGGAAGAAGGUGAAGGUUCCAACUCAACCUGAGCCUUUCCACUUACAGAUUGACCAAAGAGGUGCUUCCAAACUACAGCGCUGGAAGGAACAGGUGAAAGAAGAACUAAAACAACAGAAGGAAAUGACAGUUUUCAAGGCUCGUCCGAACACUGUCACGCAUCAAGAACCCUUUGUUCCCAAGAAGGCGCACAGGUCCUUGACUGACUUAGAGAGCCUUUCUGGUUCCAUAGUUCAGGAAAGCUUUGAGCUGGCAACAGAGAAACGCGCCAAGGAGCGCCAGGAGUUCGAGAGACGCCUCGCUGACAUGGAGGCCAAGAAAAGCCUCCUGGAAGAGGAAGAACUUCAGCGUCAGGAGGAGCAAGAGAAGGAAGAGGUCAACAGAUUGAGACACGAGCUGGUUCAUAAAGCCCAGCCGAUCCGUAAAUACAAAGCCGUGGAGGUGAAAGCCAGCGACAUACCUCUGACCGUCCCCCAAAGCCCCAACUUCUCCGACCGCUUCAAGUGUUAGUCCUGGGGCCGCUCACGUCUUUUCAGGAUCCCUCUGGAUUGCCGUCUCCGCUGUUCUGAGUCACGCCGUGAAAUCUCGAGUAUAGAAAAGUUUUUUUUUUUA